AUGGGGUACUGUAACCGAGUCAUCAUCAAGGACUUACACACAGGGAAGAUAUAUCGAUUUCCAGUUCACGAUUGGCUUGGAACUUACAUGGGAAGGCUGGAAUCAGAGAGGUUGGCAGCAGUUGAUAAUGAAGUAAUCAUGAAGAAUGAGGUGAUGAGUAUUCAUAUUCUUGCAGAGACGAUUUCUUACAAGCUAUGUACAGUGGGGGGUGAGUCGAAGGGCCUCUUAUACAACAUGGCCGAUAAUAACCCAGGAGACUUAUACUACUAUAUUGUCAUGGUUGAGACCGGGUAUCGUAUGUGCGCCAGUACUGAUUCAAAGGUAUUCAUCACAAUUUACGGAACUGAUGCAGACGAAGUUUCACGUGAGCUCAAAACUAUACACAUAGAGAGGAACUCCUCGAUUUUCUCAUGGGGCACGUCUGCUCGUUUUCUUCUUAAGAACACCAUGAAUUUCCUACCAAAACCAAAACUUUUCGUCAGGUGCCUCGGAGAUCUUCGUUUUGUGAGGCUCUGGGUAGACAAUUCUGGUCGUAGAGAACGGGGAUCAUGGUACUGUAAUCGAGUCAUCAUCAAGGACUUACAUACAGGGAAGAUAUAUCGAUUUCCAGUUCAUGAUUGGCUUGGAACUUACAUGGGAGAUGGUGAAUCAGAGAGGUUGGCAGCAGUUGAUAAUGAAGUAAUCAUGAAGAAUGAGGUGAUGAGUAUUCAUAUUCUUGCGGAGACGAUUUCCUUACAUAGCUAUGUACACUGGCACAUCCCAAGUUACUUCGAAUUGAAAGAAAUCGAGCUCCUGAAAAAUCGAAAUGAGAAAAGAAAGCUGCCUCCCUACUGGCCGUACGGACUCGGAGUGGCGCUCCAACUCAUACUCCAGUAUUCGCUGAUCGGUCUCUUCAUUCUUGUUAUGUCGGCAAACCAAGAUCACUAUGAAUCUCAUACACAUCCACAUGCACGUUGCACUGAACUGAAGCUGUAUGAGAAGGCAAUGAAGUAG